CUACAGGAUCCCUAUAUAUACAUAUAAUGGCGCGCGCAGCAAACUAGAAGACCAUUGCAGUGUAUCGUCUUGCGCAUACAAGUUGCAGCGUGCUAGUAAAAAGUCGAAUGAUUGAUUGUUUUCGCUUAUGUACUUAUUGUAUAAUUAUAUAGAAGCAGUGUAACUACGAUUUAUCAUUUAAGAUUGUGUAGCUGCUUGUUUUAAACAUGUUUCGAACUUUGACUACUUUCGAUACAGAGCUUUACGCAGAUUCUGUAGAAUGGUGUCCCAUAGAACCAUUCAAAGACUUGUUCGUAUGUGGGACGUAUCAACUGAUAGAAAAUACAGAAAGUAUAGCAAAAAAUGAAUUGAAACCAAGUAGACGUUUAGGCAGAAUAUAUUUAUUUCAAGUUGUUAAUGGUGGUAGUAUAAAGUUGUUGCAACAAUUAGAAACAGAAGGUAUACUGGAUAUGAAAUGGGCACAUGGAACGUGUAAUCAAAAAAUAUUGUUAGGUGUCGUUAAUUCGUUAGGAUAUUUACAAAUUUAUCAAUUACAAAGUGGGAACAAUGAAAUGUUAAAAUUAAUGACAGAAUUGAAAGUGAACGAUCAGAAGGAAGAAAUUCUAGCAUUGUCUCUUGACUGGUCAACAGGAAAAUAUUUUAGCCAAGAUAAUUCUACAGCUAAAAUAAUAGUUAGUGAUUCUACUGGUGGCAUAUCUUUAUUUGAGUUAGACAAUGAUCAAAUAAAAAAUCUAAUAUCGUGGUCAUCUCAUGAAUAUGAAGCAUGGAUAGCUGCUUUUGAUUAUUGGAAUGUAAACAUAAUAUACACCGGUGGUGAUGAUUGUAAAUUUCAACGGUUUGAUAUAAGAACAGGAAAUAAGCCUACUAUGAUUAAUAGGAUUCACACCGCUGGUGUUACUAGUAUUCAUAGCAAUGUUGAUAAAGAACAUGUAUUAGCAUCGGGAAGUUAUGACGAAAUAUUACGCUUAUGGGAUACGAGAAAUUUCAAGAGACCGAUUUCAGAAACUAAUUUGCAUGGUGGCAUUUGGCGUUUGAAAUGGGAUCCUUUCGCGCGUCGAUUUCUAUUGGCUGCUUGUAUGUACGGUGGAUUUAAAGUAAUCGAUUGCCAGAAUACGGAGACGCCUUCGAUCGUUGACGAAUAUAACAAUCACGAAAGUUUAUCUUAUGGAUGCGAUUGGUCAUUUCUUUCUCGUCAAUGUAUUUCAGAACGAGAUAUAUUUCAAAAUAAUGAGAUAAACUUAAGGUUAGUAAGUACGUGUACAUUUUACGAUCAUAAUUUAAAACUUUCUGUAGUACGUUUGAACGACGAAUAAUCAAA